UGGGUGAUCUGUACCUGCUACAGAACAAUAUGUGGACACUACCCAUUGUGGUGCAUUGUAGGAUUUCAACAGUGGCUCUGGAGUGCUACCCCGCCUUCUCACUCAUAAUUUUACUCCCAAGCUGAUUUUUACGCAUGCAUAACCAUGAGAUCAUGUCGAGAGGACUGAUAACAGACACUGAACACACAAACACAUACAACUUCUUUUUAAAAAAGGAGGAUUUGUUUUGUAAGAAUGCUGGGACUGGAUCUACGGAUGGCCUCAAUGAAAAGCACUGCUGCAGGAUGAAGAGAGUAAACAGCUUCCACAGAUUCAUGAACACCAGAGCUGCUGCUAACUGCCGCUACCAACCCACGUGCUACGAGCAUGCGGCAAACUGCUACACACACGCGCUGGUGAUCAUGCCUGCGUUCGUGGGCGUGGCUCUGCUGCACCGUCUCUCGGAUGAUCGGUGGGAGAGGAUCACGGCGUGGGUGUACGGCCUCGGCCUCUGCGCUCUCUUCCUCAUCUCCACCAUCUUCCACAUCAUCACCUGGAAGAAGAGCCACAUGAGGACGGUGGAGCACUGCUUCCACAUGUGUGACCGAGUGGUCAUCUACGUCUUCAUCGCCGCCUCGUACACGCCGUGGUUAAACCUGAGGGAGCUGGGUCCUCUGGCGUCUCACAUGCGCUGGUUCGUGUGGCUCAUGGCGGCUGCAGGAACCAUCUACGUCUUCAACUACCACGAGAAGUAUAAACUGGUGGAGCUGGCCUUCUAUCUGACCAUGGGAUUCUCUCCUGCACUGGUGGUGACCUCCAUGACGAACACAGACGGUGUGUAUGAGCUGGCGUUCGGGGGUUUGAUCUACUGCCUGGGCGUGGUCUUCUUUAAAUCGGACGGCGUCAUCCCGUUUGCUCACGCCAUCUGGCACGUGUUCGUCACGCUCGCCGCCGCCGUGCACUACUACGCCAUCUGGAAAUACCUCUACCGCAGCUCAUCUGGCGACGAGGUCCGGCCUGUGGCUGACCUCUGACCUGUCUCUCUCUCACACACACACACACACACACACACACAAAAAGGGUCAUCUCACCUGUGUCUUCUUCAUCUAAAACCAUUUUCACCAAGAGGUGCUGAUCAGCUACUCAAGUUUACCAACACGACCUCCGAUUGUUUACUAGCCGCCUGGAGAACAGUGUGCUGUGUGUGUGUGUGUGUGUGUGUGUGUGUGUGUGUGUGUGUGUGUGUGCGAAAGUUAAAACAAGUUUCAUUUCUUUUCCAUUCACCAGUAUUUUUGCGCAGGCGUUAAAGCGUUUCGACUCGGACGAACUAAUAAAAAAUACACUUCUCCUCAGACGUAGUCGAUCACCUGAGACAUGUCUUCAGUUUUGUACUAUGAAGCUACGAGAGCUAUUAGCUUUAAAAAAAAAUAAAUAAAUAACGGAAGCUUAUAGACGCCAGUUGACGCGUCUGAAUCCUCCGACUGCGUUUCUGAGCGAAACUGUGUCUGUUAACGCGAGCGUGAGAUGAUUCCGGUGUGCAGGUUAAACCGCAAUGCUACACAUACUUCCAUUACGCCUCAGCUACACGAGUGUUGGACUACAUCUGCAUUUUUUUGGGUUGAUCCAGUCCUUUAAAGAUCAGUUCUAUAUUGUCUGUGAUAUGAAUGUGUUUGUUUUGUUUUUGUUUUUUUUUUAAACGGAUAUUCAGAGCAAUUCUGCACACGCACAUUCCACUUUUCACAAAGGUUCACAAUGUUACUUUUUGCAUCGAGACUACCGAAAUCCACAGAGGCCAUGUGUUAUUGUUAUUUUAUAUCUCGUUAUACUGUAAUGUCGAGAGAAGGACAUCCAGAUCGUAAAUAAUCACUGUAUCGAUCAUUUUUCCUGCUGGAACUACGAUAGAUUUUGCGAGAUUCCCAGGAAUACGCUAACGUCUGGAUCACUAGAAAAGCGACAUUUUCCAGCUGUUUUUUUUUUUUAAUCUUGUAAUUAAUUACACCAACGGUCAUUUCAGUGGCGUCAAAUAAAACAAUUAACUUUUAAAAACGUGGUGUACGCUAACAUCGAUCACUGUGCGUAGCGGCUUCUCGAGGUUACUGACCGCUAACGAGACCAAACUGUUCAUCAGGCAGCUUUUUUUGAUCGACGGUUAUUUACAGGUUGCAGAAGUGACCUCAAGCAUGAAUGUAAGUUUAACGUAAAUAAUCUAUAAAAAUGCCUUGCUUGUAGUUUAGCUAGCUAGCUUCAGCGAACUGAUUUUUAACGUAGAUGUUUUAAUCAAAUUGCGAUGUUACUUCUGAAUCUUACGCAUCUCUAGUGAGUUACAGUAGGUAAGAGACCGCUACCUCCUCUGGAGAUCUUCACAAUGCGUUUUCAGAAGAUAUUCAUCAAAUUAGUCAAACUUUUAAAACUUGUAUUUAGUUUGGCGCAACUUGUUUUGUUACCUUGAAAUCGCAAACACACACACACACAAAAAAAAUCCUGAGAUAACGAGAGGAAAAAUAAGCUUGAUAAUGCAUGGUCUCUCUGAACUCCUGUAGAACCUUUUUCCCUUUCUGUCACUCAACCCGUGGACUUGUGUGUUUUUUCUUUCUGACGUAGCAGGUGUAAUAUUUAAAACAGUAUUUGUAGUAUUUAAAAAGCGUUAACUUUUUCCAGAAACAAAAGCACGAACGCUUUUUUUUUGUUUUGUUUUAAUGUUUUUUUUAACUAUGAAAAACCACUUUCCUUUUUUUUUCUCCCCCAUUUCCCAUCCUAAUGCCCCGUUCCUUUACUUUAUUACCUCAGGUUGAAAAGAAUUAGUUGCUUAAUAUCUCACAAGGAAGUUCCACGAUCCCCUUCUAUGAAAGAGUGAACAAUUAUGGCCGACAGAACUGUCACUCUACGGAGUAGGCAGGUAUUUUUUGUUUUGUUUUUUGUGAUAAAGAAAUGUAAUAUUGGCGCUAAACCAACAGAGAAUCAUGAGAUACUCAACACAACGUAACUGCUGCAGAGAAACAGAGGUGUGUAUCGACCGGGAUCCUACGAGACCCAACAGAACUCACGCAGCCCAGCGUCAUGUACGGUCAUGUGAUGGUCAUGUGACGGUCAUGUGACAGUCACCCUGCGUUCACACGAGCAAGCGAGAGCCUGUCAAAGCGAAGGUUGAAUGGAGAAUUUCUCAAUUCUAUGUAAAUUAGGAACGAUGCAGUAAAGCGAUAAAUCCAAACAACUGGCUAAAAUGAUUCCUCAGACGAAGUGCACGUGAUCCGACGUUUCUUCAGUUCUUCGCUCACAACUUGAAUUAGGUCGAUUGAAUUCGCCGUACAGAAAUGGAAGAAAAACUGAUAAGCGUGCUUUCAUCUUAUUCUGUUAUAAAAGACGUCACAUUAAAUGUGUAUAGAGACGUUCGGAAGGAAGCAGCUUGCGUCAUGCGAGUGCGUGUAGCUGCUACAGAUAGCUCGCUUUGUUCAUCUAAUCGGAGAACGAAUCCGAGCGUGUAGCAUGUAAGUCAAACAGCCGAUUUUCACACUGAUCAGUGCGUUAUUUUAUUUAGGUUUAACUAGUUAGCUUUAGAAGCUAUAUAUAUAUAUAUAUAUAUAUAUAUAUACACACACACACACACACACACACACAGUACUGUGCAAAAGUCUUGCCCCCCCCUUUUUUUUGUACAAACUUUGUUAUAGAUGUUUAUUUUCUGACUUCUACAUUAUUGAUUCAGUCCAAAAACAUUUUAGAUUCCAAACAUUAGUUUUCCAGCACAAAAUGAAAUGUUAAAGAAAAAUGUUUGUAUGUCAGUAAAGAAAGCAGCAGAUUCCAUAAGAGACACUUUUCAGAUAAAAACAUAAUGAAGGCUGCUGGGUUUCGCUGCAGAAAUAAGAAGCGAGUCGACAGUCAAAGUCUCCAGAAGAACUGUGGCUGCUUCUGCAAGAUGCUCAGUAACACUUCCAGCUCAUUUCCUUAUAAAACUGCACACACUGCACCUCAGAUACUGCUUUAUUUAUUUAAAGCGAAGGAUCGUCACAUUAAAUAUUGACUUUGUUUCAUUUAUUACUGUUUACUGCUCUUUGUAGGAUUUUUUUUUAAAUGGAGAAACAUUUAAUUUCAUUAUUUUUGAAGGCGUCUUUACUCUACACCGUUUCUUUGCAUGUGCCUAAGACUUUUGCACAGAGCUGUAUAUAUAUAUAUAUAUAGCUACUGUUUCGCAUCAGAGCUAAAAAUAAAAAAAAGAUGGACAGGCCACGCCCACUUGCGAGUGUGAACGAAGGCCGAGGCAGUUUUCUCAUUUUGCGUAAAUUCGAGGUCGAAUCUGAUAACAGCGUUCAGCAAAGGAAAGGAUAAAGAACUCUGACAAAAUGAAAUAAAGUCUGCAACAAAUUAAACCAAAUUCAAAUCACCAUCGUUUGAUCCUCAGUUCCCAGCAUCCUCUGUUCCAGUUAGAGUUGAAAUGGAUCAUGGGAAAUGGAGUACUUUGAGAUAAGCUGCUUUAAUGUGUUUUUAUUAUAGUGUCAGUAUUUUUUUUCAUUCCAAAGACAUUGUUUUCUGUGUACAUGUUUUCCUCUUUAAUGUCACUGUGGUUAAUGAACCUGAGCUCAAUGAUGCGCUUUUGAUAAAAAAAAAAAAAUCUUCAUCCUCUGAUAAGAUCCAGAAGGAUUUUUGUAAUAUUUGUACUGUAUAUUUUCAUCCUGGCACAUAUUUCUACACCGGCUUUUUCAAUACGACAGAGAGAGAGCGAGAGAGAGAGAUCGUCCUCUACGGCCGGGUCGUUCUCCUCCUGAUCCAUUCAGUGUUCGGUGCUGCACAUGACAACUUUGUGUCCGAUUCUUUCUAAAGUGUUAAUAAAACACGACUGCUUUAA